AUGCCUCUCUUUUUACGGAGGCGACUUUCAUUACUGCACUUGUCGUUGAAAGGUGCACCCUCAUUCCUUUCUCCGUUUAUCCAAGAUCAAGAGGCCAUGCUUUCCAGAACUAUCGCAAAGGCUUCCGUAAGACCAUCGCUUCUGUACUCCCCUUGCCUUGCCUUUGUGUCCGCUAGGGCCAAAUACCUUUAUUCUACUCAGGGAAAGGCGGGUGCAGAAGAGGACGACGUGACCAUGAGAGUAAAAGUGGCACCAAUAAAGCGCACAGGGGAAUCAUUAGAUCGCCAAAGAGCCCGUUUAGUGUAUCAAUCUAGAAAGAGAGGGAUUCUAGAAACAGACCUUCUUCUGUCACGAUUCGCUGCUGAGUACCUAAAAUCUAUGACCCCGGAAGAGCUUCAAGAAUACGACGAUCUCUUAAAUGAGCUAGAUUGGGACAUCUACUACUGGGCCACUAAGAAUUACUCCAUAACACCUCUACCGGCUAAGUGGGAAAACUCAAAGGUUUUGCAAAAAUUGCAAGAAUUCAGCGCAAACAAAAAUAAGGAAAUUCUGAGAAUGCCUGACCUAUCCAAGUACUAA